AUGCUCAGAAUUGGCCUGCCAAGAUCAUAUUCCGCGCUAUCGAAGCGUACCAAUAAAGUCAAGGUUCAGCUUCUCAAAGACUUCCCAAAAUUCCAACUUUACAAAGGUCAAGUCGCAUCGGUGAGUCCAUCUCUGAUGAGAAACUAUCUACAUUCGAAGAAUGGAGCUCGUUACAUAUUAGCCGACGAAGACAUAGACCAGCAGCUACAAGCAAAAGCAUUCGAAUUGACCGCCCUCAGAGUCAAAGAAGUGGCCAAAAAGGAUCAAGACAAGAUGGUCGUUGGUGAACAACCAGUGGAGGAAAAGGAGACUAGUCAAAAGGAGGAAAUUGAAAAGAAAAAACAGCCCAAACUCUUUAAUAGUGGCAUCACUUUGAAAGACGUCAAAAUCCCUGGACUCGAAAUAUAA